AUGGCAUCGACUGGCGCACCAUAUCCUCCAACCAUUAUCAAUGUUCUGCCAGCACAAACCGGGUUAUCGUCUACGGUUACUUCCUCCCUGCCCAUGUCUUUACCCGAGCCUAUCGUAAUUCCUGGGCCUCGGGAAGCGGCGGUGAGGGAAUACUGUAAGUGGCUGGAAUCACGCGCCACCGACGAGAAAUACAAAGCAGAUUUCCGGAAAAGCUGUCAGGUGACUUUGGAAAAUCACCUGGAUCUUGAACUGAUCCUCGAGGACCCAGACUCUGACUUCUUUGUUCAGCGAGGAAUUCAAAUUGGAACUGCCCGUCGCUUUUUGCGCGACAUAAAUGAAUCGGCUACUUUGAUGAGACCAACGAUGCGACUGGAUCUGUCCGCUGGAGAAAGUCUCGGUACCGAAUCGACUGAAUAA